UUUCAACUAUAAAAAGCACCAAUUAUUUUUUUCUAACUUCACAAAAAUUUCCUAGUGGUUAAUUUUUAUUUUAACUCCAAUUUUAAUGGGAAAAUUGAGUGAUGUGACAUCUGAGAAGUCCCCCAAGGACUCUCCAGAGGAGGAAGUUACAGAUAAAUUAAAUAAUAUGGGUUUAAAACCAGAGACCCAAGAUCCAAAACCUGCUGAUGCAAAGGAUUCUCCUCCAAAGUUUAAUUUUGGUGAAAAAAAGAAAAAAAGAACAGUUGAUGCCGGAGAUUCUCCUAAAACUGAGAUAAUUGAUGGAACUGGACAGGUUUUCGUUAAAGGACACGUUUACCCAUAUGAAGAGUUGCUGGCAAGAAUACAAUCUAUGAUUAACGCCAAUAAUCCUGAUCUGAGUGGAAGCAAGAGAUACACAAUCAAGCCGCCUCAAGUUGUUAGAGUUGGCUCAAAGAAAGUCGCAUGGAUUAAUUUUCGUGAUAUCUGCUCCAUAAUGGGAAGAAGCAUGGAUCAUGUGCAUCAAUUCGUAUUAGCCGAACUAGGAACUGAAGGUUCAAUUGCUGGUGACGGGCAGCUAGUUUUAAAAGGAAAGUAUGGACCAAAAAAUAUCGAAAGCCUUCUAAGGAAAUAUAUCACUGAGUAUGUGACGUGCUCAAUGUGUAAAAGCCCGAACACUACUAUGGAAAGAGAUUGUAGAGCAAGGUUAUUUACCCAGCAUUGCGAAGCCUGUGGAGCCAACAGAUCAGUUAAUCCAAUUAAAAACGGCUUCCACGCACUCAAUCGUGGCGAACGCAGAAAAGCUAAAGUUUAAUAUACUAUUACUAAUA